GAUGAUUUUCCCAAUCCUUUUUUAGGUCGGAAAGAUGGUGUCGUCCUCCUCUAUAAAAAGCUGCACGAAUUGCAAUGGCCAUUGUCUUACCAUUGGACUCAAACUCGAGCCAAUUACGCCACUGAUCCUUUUUUUCUCUCUUCGGCUAAAAUGGCUACUCCGACUCCUGCUCCGGCUCUUAACGACGACGAGCGAUUGAUUCAAAAGAAAUACUGGAUUGAACAUUCAGCCCGAUUAACGGUUGAGGCUAUGCUGCUGGAUUCGAACGCCUCUGAUCUCGACAAAGAAGAAAGACCUGAAGUGCUUUCUCUGCUUCCGCCGUACGAAGGAAAAUCGGUGCUGGAACUUGGAGCUGGCAUUGGUCGUUUCACCGGUGAUUUAGCGGUGAAGGCUGGGCAGGUUCUGGCAUUGGACUUCAUCGAGAGUGUGAUCAAGAAGAAUGAAAGUAUUAAUCGGCACCACAAAAACGUAAAGUUCAUGUGUGCUGAUGUAACUUCUCCGGAGCUUAAAAUUUCGGAAAAUUCUGUGGAUUUGAUCUUCUCGAAUUGGCUGCUCAUGUAUUUAUCUGAUAUUGAGGUGAAAAAUCUGGCAGAAAGAAUGGUGAAAUGGCUAAGAGUUGGGGGCCAUAUUUUCUUUAGAGAAUCUUGUUUCCAUCAAUCUGGGGAUUGUAAACGAAAAUACAACCCCACCCACUACCGAGAGCCACGUUUCUACACUAAGGUGUUCAAGGAAUGUCAUAUGCAAGAUGAAAGUGGAGAUAGCUAUGAGCUAUCCCUCGUUGGGUACAAAUGUAUUGGAGCUUAUGCGAGGAACAAGAAGAAUCAGAAUCAGAUCUGUUGGAUAUGGCAGAAGAACAAAAGUUCCAACGACGAUAGAGGAUUCCAACGCUUCCUAGAUACUGUUCAAUACAAAUGCAGUGGUAUUCUUCGAUAUGAACGUGUCUUUGGAUCAGGCUUUGUCAGCACUGGCGGACUCGAGACAACAAAAGAAUUUGUAGCAAAACUAGAUCUAAAAGCAGGGCAAAGGGUUCUGGAUGUGGGUUGUGGAAUUGGAGGAGGAGAUUUUUACAUGGCGGAGAAUUUCGACGUCGAAGUCGUUGGAAUAGACCUCUCCAUCAAUAUGAUCUCUCUAGCUUUAGAACGAGCUAUUGGACUGAAAUGCGCAGUCGAAUUCGAAGUAGCCGAUUGCACAAAGAAAGUGUAUCCAGAUAACACGUUUGAUGUCAUUUACAGCCGAGACACCAUUUUACAUAUUCAAGACAAACCUGCUCUGUUUAGAUCAUUUUAUAAAUGGGUAAAGCCCGGGGGAAAGAUUUUAAUAAGUGAUUAUUGCAAAAGUGGUGAAGUUCCUUCCCCUGAAUUUGCCGAGUAUAUUAAACAAAGGGGAUAUGAUUUGCACGACAUCAAAUCCUACGCCAAGAUGCUCGAGGAAGCUGGUUUUAGCAAUGUGGUAGCCGAGGAUCGAACCGAUCAGUUCAUGAGUGUUCUUCAAAAGGAACUCAACAUUGUUGAAAAGGAAAAGGAAGCAUUCAUCCAUGACUUUUCUGAGGAAGAUUACAAUGAUAUUGUUGGAGGUUGGAAGGCAAAGUUGAACAGAUGUUGGUGUGGAGAGCAGAAAUGGGGAUUGUUCAUUGCCCAUAAAGCUACCAAAUGAUCUCAUCAAUAAAACUUUAUUAUUGUAAUUAAUUAUUAUUUUCUUAUUCAACUACUAUGUUUUUCUUUUCUUCAAUAAUUGGGUAAGAAUCGUACCAUCCUUCUCAUUCUUAAAGAUGCUAAUAAUUGUCUUAUUCUACUAUUCCAUUAAAGUAUCUUUAGAUUGAUUUUCAUCUUUAAAAAGAAAUAAUAAAAUAUAUUAAAGUUUAAAACAA